CGACCAUGAGAACACGCAUGUUGCUGCACUGCUGUAGCCACGCCUACUAUUAAUGAGCCACUCCUCCAUUAACAAUGCAUGGUAGACUGAAGGUUAGGAGUACAGCAGAGCAAGAAGAAGCGAGGAGGAGAGAGAAAGAGAAGAAGGUUCUUUGGUACAGGGAGAAGAAUGAGUCCAUAUUUGCUAAACGUGCAGCAGGAGAGAAGGACAGGGACACAUUGAAGUUAACGGAAGAGGUUUUGCUUGAAAACUCUGACGUAGGGACACUGUGGAGCUACAGGCGAGAAAUACUCACAGAAUUGCUGCCAACUUGUUCACAAGAGGAUUCUGAGACAAUGUGUAAAACGGAAUUAAAUAUUUUAGAGAGGUGCCUAAGAGUCAAUCCUAAAGCUUACUGUGUGUGGCUUCACCGACGCUGGGUCCUGGAACAUUCCCCAGCCCCCCAGUGGGCUCAUGAAAAACAGCUUUGUGACCUGUUCCUUAAUCAUGACGAGAGAAACUUUCACUGUUGGGAUUACAGAAGAUAUGUUAUUCGUAAAGCCGGGAUUCCCCCCAGCGACGAGUUCAAGUAUUCGUUUGAUAAAAUAGCAACAAACUUUUCAAAUCAUUCUGCUUGGCACUAUCGAAGCAAGCUCCUCCCACUUCUCCACCCAUCCCACUCUAGCAGUAAUGGCAUUGAUGAAAAUGCAAUGAAGAAAGAAUAUGAAUUGGCUCAGAAUGCCUUUUACACUGAUCCUAGUGAUCAGAGUGCCUGGUUCUAUCAUAAGUGGUUGCUAGGGCGAGGCACUAGAGGCACUAUGAUUGGGUGUGUUCUUGUUAGACGUGACCCCGCCCCUUUUAUUGCUGUAUCUUUCAAUCAAAAUGUCAAAUCAACAGAAGAGGAGCCAAUUAUUGUAACGCUAGGAGAUGCCCUGCCCAAACCUGUCACUGAUUCCGGCAGGUUUGAGUCAUUGUGGUGGUCGUGUGAUCUGGUCUUUCCGAAAGAUGAAGAGGUGACAGUUCGUAUUGAAAAAGGUGAUGGAGUCCUGGUUGAAAUGAGCCUUGACAAAGGUUCUAACUCCAGCCUGUGGUUAACUCCUGAUCUUGAUCUGCUGUUCAGUACUUACCUGACAGCUGCUACUAGCGAAGUCCUGGACUCUGAACUAGUCAUGUGUAGGGAACUUCUGCAGCUGGAACCAGAUAAUAAAUGGUGCCUCCUAACAACUCUUCAGCUGCUGGAGGCUAUAGAUUAUGAUAAGCAUCAUAAAGAAAUAAUUGAUUUAUACGAUAAACUAGUGAAAUGUGAUCCACUGAGAAGAGGCUACUACAAUGACUUAAGGAGUCGUCAUUUGAUUGCUGUCAAACUGAGAAGACGGCUUGAAGAGAGAAGAGAAAGUCCGGAUAUCAAUAGUUUUGAUCUAUCACAAUUAAACUUGUCGAGGCUAUACUUUACACAGCACAUGGUAUUUAUUGAGGACCUCCUCCUCAACGGGAACAAGUUAAACAGCACUCAUUCGCUGGAAGGACUUAAAAACCUAAAGAGUCUUCAGUCACUUUCGUUAGCCGACAACCAACUUAUUACACUGCCAAAGACAUUAGGAGGACUAACAAAUUUGAAGAGCCUUUCGUUAGAAAAUAAUGAUAUUAAGGAAUUGGAAGAUUUUGACACUUUGAGGAGCUUGCCAGAAUUGAAAGAGUUAAAUAUUCGUGGUAAUCCAGUUUGUCAAUUAAGUGACUGCGAACCAUUUGUCAAGAAAAUGCUACCAAACAUUAAGUUGAUACAUUAAAUUAUAAUUAUUAUAAUAAUCAUGCUUUGUGCUUUUGCUCAAAUAUUUGAAUCAAAAAUCUUUUUUUAAUAACAA